UUACCGAACCCUCCCCCUCUGUCUCACUGCCAAUACAGUUGGAAGAGAGAAAAUGGCGAGAGAGCGAGGGAAUCUACUGUACAUGGUGUACAGAGCUUUAACGUACGGUCUAUCACCGUUGAUUCGCCUCCACUUGCGGUGGCGCAAACUCCGAGGCCUAGAGCAUCAGCUCAGGUGGCCGGAGCGAGUCGGCCGCCCCUCUCUGCCCCGCCCUCCGGGACCCCUCCUCUGGUUCCACGCCGUCUCCUUAGGUGAAGGAAGGGCUGCUAUUCCAGUCAUAAAGUGCUUUGUUGAGCACAGACCAGAUAUAAACAUCUUGAUGACGACAGCAACUUUGUCUGCAUUUGAAGUAAUAAAGAAUUGGCUUCCAAGUGGUGUGAUAUAUCAGUUUGCCCCACUCGAUCUUCCUGCUGCCAUGGAUGAUUUUCUUGGCCAUUGGAAACCAAAUGCAAUAGUACUAAUGGAGAGUGAACUUUGGCCAAAUCUGAUUAUGGGUGCCUCCACAAAGGGUAUUAUAUUGGCAUUGUUAAAUGCUCGGAUGUCUGAGAAAUCCUUUAACAACUGGUCUGGACCUCUAGUUAGUCCAUUAACUUCAUUAUUGCUGUCAAAAUUUUCCUUGAUUGCACCAUUGAACACUUUGCAGGCUAUUCGUUUUCAGCUGCUGCAAGCUCCCCUAUUUACAAUUAAUUUUUCUGGUGACCUGAAGUACGCUAUGGACGAAUUUGAUAUGUCUGGCAGAGACAGGAAAUGCAUUGAAGAUCUGCGGGUACAGCUUGCGCCUAGACAGGUUUGGAUGGCUUCUUCCAUACAUAAGGGUGAAGAAGAAGUAAUGCUGGGGGUUCAUGAAGCGCUAAAGGAAGUAUAUCCUGGUGUAGUUAUGAUUCUGGUGCCUCGCCAUCCACAGCAUGGAAAAGAGAUUGCUCUACAGGGAUUGCAGAAGAAGGGAGUGAGUGUUGCACUAAGGUCUCAUGAUGACAAGCUUAUGCCGGAAACAAGCAUAUAUGUUGUGGACACAUUAGGUGAACUAAGAGAUUUUUAUAAGUUGACUCCAGUAGCUGUGAUUGGAGGUUCUUUCUUGCCUAAUUUAGCUGGCCAUAACAUUUCAGAAGCAUCUGCAGCUGGAUGUGCUGUUUUAACUGUUACAGGUUAUCAUAUUGGACAUUUUAGGCACAUGGUACAGGAAAUGCAACGGUUAAACCCUUUGUCAGUUCUGCAGGUUUCUGGGAAAUUGGAGCUUGAAAAAGCUCUCUUCGAGCUCUUCAGUAACUCAACACUUCUGGAAAGACAUCGUGCAGCAGCAAGACAAGCAUUUCAUGUUUUGUCAAGUGGUAUUAUCGAGAAUAUUUGGAGUAUAUUAAAUUUCCAUGUUCUCAAGAAAGCCUUGCGUUAGAGUUGAAAGCUGUGGUGGUUGCAGAAUUAAGUCAAGGGUAAUAUUGAGUUCAUCAGAACACCGGAAGCCAGCUUCUUUCUUUCUAGGUGGCGAGAGAAAUGACCCGCCCUUGUACCACAUCCGAGGAAAUGGUUUAUGACUUGAAGCUUUGAAGGGGAAUUCAUCGGAAGAUAUAACCGGGGGACUGUCAAUUCCGUAACCAUACUCUUCCCCACGAUUGGUCUAUCAGCUGGGUGGAAAACUGGAUGGUUCAGGCAAUCAGCCAUUGGAACAAACCCUCCUGUUCAACAAUGCUACUAGGCCUGGAGAAACAUCGCCUGGCGGUUUAUUUUCCCCAACCUUGCUAGUUUCUGCCAUGCCCGAGUCAUCCUUUUGAGAUGCACAAUGUUACUGACCGGACGUCUAGGGCGCCCUGUAAAAGCCCUGAUAGAUUUAUUAUUAUUACCAUUAUUGUUGUUAUUGUUAUUAUUCAAGUUCUCUUUCAUUGGUUGAAAGCUGAACCUUUACUUGUCGGAUUGGAGUAACCCCCUCUCAAGCCAUGAACUCUACUCUUGUGGUGACAAAGGCAUAUUACUACUCUAUUCUACCAUUGGAAGAUUGUUGAAAGUUGCAGACUCAUUAACUGCACCUGAUCUUCCUAUCACAAGGUAUUUAAAACUAGCUUUGUCAUACUACGGACAGUU